CAGGACGCUUAACUCUAGAUAGAUUUAUUGGAUUUAUUAUAAAUUAAAUUAAACUUUUUUAAGAAUAAAGAUUUUUAAUCAUUUAUUUGUGUAAUUAUGGAGGAAGAUGGUGAACAAGUUUUGCUACCCAAAGAGGAUACUGCUGAAGCAGUGAAAAAAGAUGAAGUUGAAACUGAAAAUGCCGAGAAAAAAGAUAACGUUAAUGAAUCAUUAAUUCAAGUAGAAAAUAAUGUCGAAAAAGAAGAGAAGAAAGGAAAAUUUUUCAGCUUUUUGGAUAAGAAAAAAUUAAAUUCCAGCGAUACAGAAGAAAUCAAAGAUUCUAAUCCACCAUCAAAUUUUAGCUUUAAGAAAUUUUUCUCAAAGAAUGAACCAAAAAGUAAUGCUGCUGAGGAAGAAAAACAGAACGGCAUAGAACAGUCUACUGAACAAAAUCAAAGCCAAAGACCUUCAAAAAGGCAACUGCCGAAGUUUUCAAGCUUUCUUGACAGGUUCCGUAAAGGAAAAUACGAUGUUGCCGAAAACAUUGAACUUGGAAGUGAACCAAAAGCCGGAUUGGCUUCAAUGGAAACGCUGGAUGAUUCAACAAAAGAUCCAUGGACGGAAAAUGGAGAUACAGUAGAUACGACGACUAAAGCAAAUGAGGCUAAUGAUCACCAAAAUGAGUUACCUGCAGAAAAACCUAUUAAUAUUUGGCAAAGUAUUCAAAGCUAUGAAUGCUCUAUAGAUGAUGUUGCUCUUUUUGCUGGAAUCAUCAUUUUUAUAUUCCUCGUUGGAUUAAUAAUUAUCUUUACGUUAACUGCAAGUGGAAAGCAACCAAUCUCACCUCCGGUUAGAGACGGCAAAAUUCUAGCUGUGACGUCAUGUGGACAAGUCGAAGGAUUAGUUGAAGAAUCAGCAUACGCAUUUAGAGGAAUUCCUUAUGCGAAACAACCGAUCGGAAACCUUCGAUUUACACCGGCUCAAUCAGUUCAAACUAUAGAAGACUGUUGGAACGGCACAUUCAAAGCACAUAAUGCAUCUCAAUCAUGCUUGCAAUAUGACUUCAAAUCUGGAAAUGUUAGUGGCAUUGAAGAUUGCCUUACACUUGAUAUUUUAACUCCCGAGGUACGAUAUAUCAAUCUUUUGCCGGUAAUUGUAAUGAUUGGAGCCAACGAUUUUGUCAACGGUUCACCAAACAUACUUCGACCAUCAUCAAGAUAUGCUAGAUCUGAAAGUGUCCUUUUUGUCAGACCAAAUUUCCGAAUGAAUGUUUUUGGACAUUUAGCAUUAGAGUCAAUUUCAAAUUCCUCAAACAUACCCUCAUCUGGAAACUAUGCUUUGUCUGAUAUUAUAGCUGCCUUAGAAUGGAUCAAUUUGAAUAUCCACAAUUUUGGUGGUGAUAAAAACUCUGUUACAUUGUUUGGACAUAGAACUGGCGCUACUUUGGUGACAGCUCUAACUGCUUCGCCAAAGGCCACGAAAUAUUUCACAAAAGUUUGGGCAUCUUCUGGAUCUCAACAUUUCUCAGGGAAAUCAUUAGAAGACUCUGAGCGAGAAAAUGCUGAAUAUGCAAAUCAAUUCCCGAAUGUUAAGAGUUUAGAGGAUUGGCAAAAAGUUGAUAGUACAGAACUUAUGAAGAAAAUGCCCGAGACAUGGAUGAAAAAGCAUUCAAACAGUCUUCCAGAUCGUGAUGAAUCAGCAACAAGUUUCCAUGAUUGGAUCGUAUUAGAUGGAGUAAUUUUAAAGAAGCAUCCUGAAGAUUUCUGGAAAGCAACUAAUCCAAAAAUAAAAAUGGUUGUUGGAGCAACAGCUCAUGCUUCCUUUGAUGAUUCUGAAGGUUCAAUAUUUAACGGAAAUUUGACAGAAGAAGAAAUUGAAAAAUAUGUCGAAGACAGCAAAAUUGGAAGUUUAAACUUGACUGAAGAAGCUUUUAAUUUAUACGGAAAGACAAAAGAAGGACUUAUUUCAAUGAUUUCUGAUAUUCGUAUUGUGUGUCCGUUGCUUGUUCAAGCAAGAAGUCAAUCGAAUCCCAACUUUUAUUUCUACAUAUCUUCACAAAAUGUAGGAACGAAUAAUCUUGCAUCCGUUGAUUCAGACAUCUUGGCUAUAUUAGGUCGAUUGAAAACAGACUCGCCAGAAAAAAGAAGAUUCUUUAAUGCUUUUAAGCAACUGUUUUAUCAUUUUAUAUAUCAUGGAAAAAUCAAUCAUCAGUUUUUCGAGAUCCAGCAAGACGUGUUACCAAAAACUGAUUUUAAAAAUUGCGAUUUUUGGAUUUCGAAAGACAUUGUUCCAAGUUAUGCUGCUUACUUUUAAGUUUUCAAUAUCUGUAUAAUUUUCAACAGGCAUAACUAAUUCAAUCAGUAUUAUCAGUUUACUUAUGUGUGAAUCCUAAUUUGAUCUUCAGUAAUGUAUAACUUAAACAUUCCUUUCUUACUCAACAUAAUAAUCCUUUUCAGAAACUCAUAAUAUGAUAUUAACAUUUUUUUUUUGAGGC